GAGAAAGAAGUAGCACAAAUAGUUUUAUUUUACUUUGAAGCUAGCUAGUAAGAUCAAAAUGGCUGCAGAGAGAGUUGUGUUGAGAUGCAUGAGUAGUAGCGUAGGCAAGGUUAGGACAUGGGAAAGAUGUUCGAAGCAGAUAAAAGAGCAAAGAGCUCGUCUUUACAUCAUCUGGAAAUGUGCUGUCUUUCUUCUCUCCUCCCAUGAUUGAUCCAUGCCACGAUCAUCAAUCUCUGCUCCUUGACCAAUUCCUAUCUAUCUUAUAGCUUCUUUGAGCGCUUAUCUGUAAUUAGUGCACUUAUUCCAAACUAACUGUAAAUUGUUGA